UACAUUAUUACAUUGAAAGCAAAAAGCUGAAGGAAAAGUGGAAAAGGUUUAAAAUUUAAAAGAUGAAAACCGGAAACCCCAAGUUACGAGUAGUUUACGCACUCUGGGCAUUUCUAGAAUGUCUAGGGUUUGGUGGCCUCAUCUAUGGAUGGGGAUCUCUUCUCUUUGUUUUAAAAACUGAAGGACUUUACAAGGACCUGUGUCCUUUAAUAGAAAACCAGACUGACACAGACAACUCUACAAUUCUCUUGUCUGAGAAUGCAACUUCAACCAAUCAAACUGCUCAGAAAGGAAACUGCCCUGAAAGAGAUGCUAGACUAAACUUAGUCUUCACAAUUGGUACGUCCAUGUUUUGUGUAGGCUGUUUUGUCAUGGGGCAGAUCAACUUUAAAUUUGGAACACGUGUAUCAAGAAUUGGAGCUACGGCCUUGUUUGUUAUUGGAUCCUUACUGGUAGCAUUCACAUCAAAUGAUGUCCCUUGGCUGAUAUUCCCUGGUCUCUCCAUGCUUGGUGCUGGGGGCAUAACCUUCCUUAUGUCCAACAUGCAAAUUUCUGUCUUGUUUCCCAAAUUGGGGACGUUAAUUGUUGGGUUAUUGUGUGGUGGGUUUGAUGCCUCCUCCGGUGUUCAGCUACUCGUCAAGGUCGGCCAUGAAAAUGGCAUUUCCAGAAAGACGUCCUACAUUAUCCUGGCAGUUACCAAUCUAGUGACACUGGUAAGCACAUUCCUCUUCCUGCCUAAAGAUUUUAUCAAGCAACCCGUCAAAGCCGUCAACCGAAGGCCUGAUGACAUUGCUGGUGACCAGGAUGCUGCGGUUGAACUAAAAGGCUUUGCUAGCGACACUGAAGUUCAAGAAAAGAAACCAAGUCUGUUGGCAUGCAUGCGAUCAAUGAUUUACAUUUUCCAUGUUUUCUGGCUGAGCAUUCUGCAGCUGCGGUUCUACUUCUUGUUGGGAUCACUCAACAAGACAUUUGAGACAGUUCUCUCAUCAGAGGAGCAAGUUAGUCACUUCACCAAUGUUUUGAUUAUUGUGCUGAUGUGUGGUGUUGCCACAUCCCCUUUUGCUGGCAUUUUCUGUGACAUUCAGAAACAGUUCUUUGUCAACAGCAAGUCAGCUUUAAGGAAAAAGUUGAUGCCCUCCGUGAUCCCCCUAGCACUGUGCACAACGCUGUGUAUUGUCAUGUCAGUGCUGAUGUUGAUAGAAGAGCCAACUGUCCUGUAUGCUGUCUUUGUCUUCCUGCUCUUCUUCAGGUCGUUCAUGUACACAGUUGGAGCUGGGUACAUUAGUGCCAUAUUUCCAAGUGAAUAUUUUGGCAUCAUGUAUGGUUUUUUAAUCAUAGUGGGAGGAGUUGUAAGCUUCUUACAAUAUGUCUUCUUUAUUAUAGCUGAGUCUCAUGGAUUUUAUUCGGUGAAUGUGUUUCUACUGGCGCUUAUGUUCACCACCUAUCUUCACCCCCUCUUCCAGUGGUGGAAGUGUUGUCGAGCUGAACGGACUGGAACUCUUCUGAUUUCUUUUUAACACC